AUGCUCUUCUCCAACCUCGCAUCCGCCGCCGUCGCAGUGUCUGCCCUUUUUGUGCCCGCAGCUUUCGCACAGAACGAGAAAGCUGCUCGCGCCGGCGAUGUCACCUUGAAGUGGCACAUCACGAAGACCUGCGGCGGGCCCGGUCCUGCCCGAUCUUAUACUCGCAACGAGUGCAUCGAACUGUCCGACAGUUCCCGCGCUGUCAAGAUGUUGGGUCGCAACGGCCUUUGCCACCUGGUCUCCUUCAGCGACCGAAGUUGCCUCAGGAACGCCAAAACUUUGGGAACGGUCAACAAGUGCUACGAUCUCAGCGGGAAAGGGUCUGUCAAGAUUCAGUGUUAG